AUGUUAUUGUUAUUGUUCCCAGAUGUUAGAACUACAUCAAGCACCAAUGGAAUUACAUCGGUCAAAACAACAGAAGCUCAGGAUCCAUCAUCAGACGUCCUUAGUACACAUCAAAAGAUCACAACUAAUACCAUUGCGACACAGAAACCAACAACAGACAUCACUGCUACAGGGCUACUUUCUACAACUUUUAUCACUGCAGCAGAGAAGGCAACAACACAACAAUCAACAACAGACAUUCGUACUAAAGAACAAAUGUCUCAAACCUAUGUGACUAGAACGCAUGAAUAUUCAACAGACCUACAAACUACACAGCAAAUGCCCACUACCGAUAUUUCUACAAAGCAGAAAUCGACAACAAACGCCAUAACAGACGGAAUGCCCACAACUUACAUUCCUACCACAUACAAACUAACUCCAAACAUCCUCACUACGGAUAAAAUGACCAUAACCAACAUAGCUACAACACAGGAACCAAUAACAGAAAUUCCCACUACGAAUAAAUUACCCGCGAUUGAUAUUUCUACUAGACAUUCAUCAACACCAUACAUUCUUACAACCGAGCAAGGUCCCACAUCAGGUAUCAGCACAACACUGACAUUACCGACAGACCUUCCUUUUACAGAACAAAUAUCCACUUCCGAUGUAACUACAAAGAAUACGCGUGAGCCAAUGCCCACAACUGAUAUUCCUACAACAGAAAAAUCAACAACAGAUAUUCCCACACCCGAUAUCCGAACAACAAAGAAACCAAUAUCAUAUAUAUCCACUACAGAGCUAAUUCCCACAACUACUGAUAUCCUUUCACCUAAGGAAUCAACAACAUAUAUUCCCACAACAGAGCCUAUGUCCACAACUGACAUCGCUACAAAGCAGGAGUCAACCGACAUUCUCACUACAGAGCAAGUUGCCACAACCACUGAUAUCCUUACAACAGAGAAAUCGACAAAAAAUAUUCCAACCUCAGAGCUAAUACCCACAACAGAUAAUCCUACUACAGAGCAAGUUUCCACAACCUCUAUCCCUUUAAUGACACACAAACCAACAUCAUAUAUUUCCUCUACAGAGCUAGUGCCCACAACCACUCAUAUUCUUACAACAGAAAAAUCAACUCCUUAUGUAUCCACCGCAGAGCAAAUUCCUACUACUGAUGUCAUUUCAACAGAGGAACCAACAACGGGAAUCAACAGAUGUUCCCACCACAGAGCAAGUUCCCACCACUAA